AGCGACAGUAGCAGCCGCCCUCCUUCUCUCUCCUUCCCGCGGACGGCCACAGCGACCGCACUGAGCAGGGCUCCAGCGCCGCGCGCGCAGCCCGCUGGUGAGAUAGCUCCGGCCCGAGCAAGCGGAGGUGCACGCUAAGAGCCGACUCCAGGAGCAGCCGGCGGCCGCUGAGGCGCUGAGUUUCAGGGCCAGAACCUGAUAGCUCUGAAGCCACCUAGCACCGCCGCAGCGGCGGCGCCUGAAGGAGAUAGUCGCGUCCACCUGGCGGGCCCGGCGCAUGGAGCUGAGGCAGAGGCGGCGGCGGCGGCGGCAGCAGUAGCAGCAGCGGCGGCGGGGGCAGCUCGAGCAGCUGCGGCGACGGCGGCAGCCCAGCCUUGACUGCGGCCGCUCUAGCCCCAGCGCCCGCUGCCUGAGCCCGCCGGCGACUUGCACCUCGGGAGUCGGCCCGGGAGGUUGGACAGCAUUUGGACUUGGAAUGAAACAAUAAGAGGUUCCAUUCAUGGAUAACCAACAAGAUAAGGCUGUUGUUGCCUCAGCCAACGGAGAAAACACUAUGAUUAAUGGGGUCAAGGAAAAUGAUUCAGAGGACCAGGAUGUGGCAAUGAAGUCAUUUGCAGCUCUAGAAGCUGCUACACCAAUCCAGCCUAUACUGGUGGCUCAAAAAGAGAACCUGAUGUAUCCCAGAGGUCUCCUGCCUCUGCCCUCUAAGAAGCCCUGUAUGCAGAGCCCUCCCUCUCCUUUGGGCCUGAUUGAAGCACCUGAGCAUGCUGCUAAUAGUGCUUCUGUGAAUGCCAUCUCUCUUACAUCUGGUGUUGCAAAAGGCCUGAACACAUGGUCACUGCCCAAUGAGUGUGAGAAAGCUCCAUUUGCCAUAAUGGAGCCCGCAGGCAUGUCAGCUCUGAAUGGGGAGUGCCUCAUGCAGCCAAGCCGGACUUGCUUGGGCUGCUUCAUGGAAUCCAAGGAUGCAGUAGAUCCUGAGCCAGGGAUCAGUCUAAAAGUCAGUGAUCUAAAUAGGGAUUAUGAAACUUGUGCAGUCUCUGAUAUAGGGAUUCAGUGUAUCAAUGCUGGAGAAAACAUGAAAUACGGAGAGCAGCUGCUCUCAGACCAGCUCCUAGGCUUCCCACUGCACAAAUCAAGGGCAGGAGAUAGACGAGAAGCCGAGAAACCUGACAUUGACUUGGAGGACCCAGCUCAGAAAAGUUAUUAUGAGGCAUUACUAUUAGAUAAGUGCAAUACGGAAGAGGCUUUACUGGCAAAUUCCAAUCAGGAUUGGGGUUACUUUGAGACUUUUAUUAGUGAGAGUAAGAUUGAACUGCUUGACCUCUGUUCCAAGAAUGAGCUGUCUGUCAACCUGUUCUCUGAAGAAGAUGUGGAUAACUACAUGUUCGAUGAUGAUGAGUCAACACUGGGCAGUGAUGUCUGCUCCCUGAAAAUUCGAUAUGAAUCCUUCCAGGAUAACGUUCGAGACAAAACCACCCUUUUGAUGCAGGAGGAUGCCCAAUUCAACUUUUUUCCCAGUGUCUUCACUACCUGCCCCAAGCGGGAGUCUAAGAGUGGGGCCCUGAAGCAGAGCAGUGAUCUUUCCCAAUUCAAGGUCCCUGAUGUGAGCAUUAUCUGGGGGGAGGAAGAUAAAACCUUGGACAAGAAGAAAGGCAAAGAAGAAGGCCAGGAAGACAAAGGUGUAGAGAAAAAAGAUGCAAAGGAUAAUGGAGAAAAAUCUGCCUUAAAUAAACCAUGCAGUGGACCUGAAGUAGGGCAAUUUAAGAAUCCAAAGCAAGGCCAUCUUGCCAAUUCCUUGGAGGCAUCAGGGAAUUUUAGUGAUGACAGUUCCUUCAUUGAGGUCUCUUAUGAUGCCAUGGGGGAGAUCAAGGACUGUAGCCGCUAUAUGGCUCGGGACACUAAUUCUGGCAGCUCCUCCUCCCAGCAGAAUUAUGGGCUGCGAGCCAAGAGAAAAGUCAGGUAUAGUGAAGAUUAUCUGUAUGAUGUUGACUCACUAGAGGGUGAAAAAGUAAAUGAGAGGAAGGAAUGGCUGCCAGGUGGUUGUAAAGAGGAAGAUGAUGAUGAAUGGUGUCCCAAAAAGAGAAGAAAAGUAACUCGUAAGGAGCCCCCUGUUAUUAUCAAAUAUAUCAUCAUCAAUCGUUUUAAAGGUGAGAAGAACAUGCUGGUGAAGUUGGGUAGGGUGGAUGCCAGUGAGACAACAGUGAAUUUGAGUGAGUCGCAGCUCAACAAAUAUGCCAAGCUGGCCCCCUUGAAGGGCUUCUGGCAAAAGAAGAAAAAGCAGAGAAACAGCAAUUCAGACUCCAACAAAACACCCUUAUGCCAAAAGCAAAGCUUUGAACCAGGUAGCUUUGAGGUGUCAUUCCUGCCACCUGCUCGCAAACGAAAAUCUAAACUUGGCAACAGGCACAGGAUUCAAAGAAUCCCAUCCAUGGAAACUUCAGCAAGUGGUAAGCAGGUUUCAUUCUGCAACGAUGAGAGGCAAGCUAGUAGUCGUAAAGAAGAUGGAGGCCUGAAAGGUACACUGAAGUCAGCACCUCUGGCUGCCCCCGGCCGUGCAAAUGGAUCACAUUUAAAUGACAUCACAGGCCCUGACUCAGUGAAAGUCAAAGCCCAAGAUGCACAAUUUAAGGGGCCAGAGAGGAAAGUGCUCAACAAAAUCAAAUUUAAAAGUGAAGCCAGGUUAAAAUCCAAGAAAAUCAAAGCUGGGCAAGAAAGCAAGCCAGUUGUUCAAAUGACCCCUCUUUUGGGAGACCAAUCUUCCAAAGCUAAUUCAAAGAAUGAAGCUAUUCCUGGGACCUCAAAUGGUUCACAUCUAUCUGAAUUUCAUGAGACAAAGGUUGCUAAGAAUUCUACUUUCCUACCAACCACCUGCUCUUCUGAAAUGCCUCUAUCAUCUGAUCCUGUUGCCAACAAUAUACCUGUUAUCCCUGGAGGGUAUUUGCAGACAUUGUUAGAUGCUUCUGACUUGUCAAAUAAUACUGGCAUUUCAUACUUCACUCAGCAUUCUCCAGAGCAGAAUGAAGUCAGCCUCACUCAAACAGAAAAAUCAUUUGUACCUCUCCAGCCUGCCCAGGACUGUGUGCUUUCCUCGCCUUCUGAGUCUGAGCUGCUUCAAUCAUCCCAAAACUUCAAAAUGGAAUCAAGCAACUAUGGAAAUGUGUGGCCCAACAAACCUACUUCUGGCUCCCAGGAAUUCAUGGCUGCAGUCUCAAGGGAGAUAGCUCCAAACCAAUCAUGUGAAUUUGGAGUCUCCCAAGUAGUUUCCAUGGAAAAUAACCUCACAGCUACAACAUACAAUCCGAUCUGCCUCAACAGUGGUGGCAGUGGUUGCAACAAGGUCCUGUAUGCCUCUGUGCAAGACACCCAGCUCUCAUCUGAUGACUCUUAUCAAUUAUGUCACUUUAAUAAUGGAGAGAUCUGCUUUCCUUUCCAGCAGGGUCCAGUGAAUAUGGAUGAUGGGCGGCUCUUUAGCUUUGAUUCCAUGGCCCCACUCUCUGUCAACUCAAGCAAUUAUUGCUCCUUAAGCUUGAAGUCUUGUGAAAAGGAUGGUGAUGAUGAUAUCACUGAUGACUUCCUGGCCCAUUGCAGCCCCAAGCUGGUGAUCCAGCAGAGCAUUGAUGAAAUAGCACCACUAAAGGAGUCCACUGACCUCCUGGAUAUCUCCAACUUCACUCCUGACAAAUUCCGCCACUCUUCCCUCUCAGAGAUGUCCCCACCUGACACCCCCAGUCUUUCCCCUCAGAUUACCAGAUGUGAGAAUAUCAAGACACUAGGAACACUAAAGGGGUUCCAAGAGGGUGCCCCAGGAAUACUGGGCAAUAUGGAAAAAAUCAAAUGGGACUGCAGUACCCUUUCACAGCAGGUCCAAGUGGAUGAUGGAUUUACUUUAAAUAACCAUCAGUUUCAGUUCCAUAUGUUCAAUGAUGAGGAUUCUGUCAGCCUGCUCCAAAAAGCCCCUUGCUUAUCAGCGUUUAAUGAUCCAUCUGGUCAAAUGAGUACCGACAACAAGGUGUCAAAAUCAAGAAAGAAAAGCUCACCCAACAAGAGUGGGGCUAUGAACCAAAGCUCUUCUCAGAAAAACAACAGGAAAAAAACCCCCAAAGCCAACAACAAAGGGAUUGAAAAACCACCUGGCAAAACCUCCCGCCAGGUCCCUAAGUCAACAAAGAAAGGGAAAUUCAUGGCUGCAGUCAAUGGAGAGAAAAUGCAAAUUGGCAUCGGUCGUGGAGGAGGCCAAAUCAACAGCAUAUCCUCCACAGGGAAGACUUUGGCUGAAUGUAUCCAACAUAGUGGCCCUGUGGCCUCUAUGAAGAUGCCAAGUCAGAAGGGACUUUCUGGAGAUUGGUCUUUGGGAAAGGAGAGCAGCCCAGGCUGGAGUGACAUGAGCAUGGGCACCAACACCAGCAACCUUCUGGAUGAUGAUCAACGGGAAUUUCAGGAGCCUUCUUAUAUCUUGUCCAACAUUGCCUCUGGUAUGGCAGAUGUGCAGAGAUUCAUGAUGGCCUCCAUGGAGCCCCUUUGCGAACCCAUGGAGCACCAUGGAGACCCCAAUAUAUUCUACUCCCCUGAAUCCAAUAGUCUAAAAUUAAAAACCCUCAAAAUAUUGGCUGGGACACCACAGGAAUCUAAGAAAAAGGCCAACAGUGGCUCUCCAGGAGCCACUAAGAAUCACAGGUCCAUCAAGGGUGUGAGUAAAAGCAAUGGGAAAGCAGCGAUAGGUGAUCCUGGUCGUGCAAGCAUGCCUGGUUAUAACGAGGACUCUCGCUCUGCCUUCUUUGAUAAAAAGUAUAAUAACCUGAGCACUUUAGGCAAUAAUGGACCGACACACAAAAAGUUAUAUCGUCACAAAACCAGCUCCAAGGCCCUGAGAGAUGAGAAGUGUAAGGGAAAGCGUAUGGAGCGAGAACAGGUCCACAAGGAUGAGGCUGGGACAGCUUCUUUUGAAAAACUGAGGGAUUCCGACUACAAUCUCCUAAAAGCAGAAACAGCAUUUUGGGUUUUACCUGUGUUUGAAGAAGAGACUCCCAUUUUCCAGAAAGACAUUUGAUGUUUGUGUUUUAUUUCUUUCAAAAUAUGCCUUGUGGUAUGUAUGUUGACAUGUAAGUGCUUAAAGAAAAGAAUUUUAAAGUGUGGGAAUAAGUCUUUGGAAGCAAACUUUAAUCUGAUGUUCUAUGUAAAAGACUUUAGAAGUCAUACAGUUGCACAAAGUAGUUUAUGCACUGUUUACCCAAGGGGAAAGGAAGUAAAACAUUGUGCCAAACUACAAAAAAGUGACUGUAUUGUAUAUAUUUUUACUUCUAUAUCAACAUUUGGUUGUGAGUAUUUGGGGAGCUUGUCCCUGUUAAUUUACUAGAAACAUUCCAGUGAUUCUUGCUAUUAACCACCCCCACUUAUGUGGAUAGCACCUGUAGAUCACAGUGGAAAAAUAUGUUGUGUUACACAAUUUACCAAAACUUAAAGGAUACUGUUUGAAAUGUGCCAAAUUUCCUUACCUCAUCUCACAGAUUCACCCCACAGUUUAAAGCUCAUUAAUUAAGUUUUAAAAAAUAUAUAUAUAAGCAUACAUACAUUAUUUUAAAAAUUUAAUUUCUACUGUCCUGUGUGGAAACAUGAACCAUUAAACAAGGCACAAUAAAGGUUUGUUUGUUCCAUUGUAUAAGGGUUAAAGUGUUGGAAAAGUCUGGAAGUCACAACAGCUAAGUCCAUCAGGGACCCAAGUAUAUGCAUUUACAGAAACUUUUACGAGGAAACAAAACAGCUGCUUUAAAGUUUGUUUUCUAAAAGCAAAAUCUGUAGCUGAAAAUUAUUUAAAGUGCAAAGUUAUAUUGCUGAUACUUUAUAUCUCAGUUUUAUAUAUUUUAUAAUAGUCUGGGAUAAAUUAUAAAAUAGCUAUAAAAUUAACACUAAGAUAAAUGAAGUACAUAGAUUGCUUUUAUUUAAGUAGUUUCCUAAAUGUUUUAUUCCAGUUUUGUCAAAAGUGCACUCAUAUCAUGGCUUUAGUGUUAAGUGUUUAAUCUUGCAAUGCCAAUGUCAUUUAAAGAAAAUGUUAAGGCAUCUCAGUUUGACACCUAUGAAUCACAUUCGAUAAGCUGAACAAUUUGUGAUAACAACUAAUUGGGGCCAUAUAUACUUAGUCUGAGGAUAACUAGUAUUUGAUGCCACACACUAAACUUAAUUCCCAAUCUUUAAUAUAAAUUUUUGAAAUCACAUUUUUUUAUUCAAGCCUUUUCCCUUUUUAAAAAAUUUCACAGCUUCAGCAUCCCUCGCGACUAGCUUUUUCUUCCCCUUUGUUCACCACUUGACUUCUAACAUUUGAUCUAUUUUCCUUGCACAGUUGAAGGCCUGUGUGUCUGAUGACUGAUGCAUUAUGGCACAGAUGAGAUAAUGGAUGUGAAAGCGCUUUGUAGAUCGUAAAGUGCUAUACAGAUAUAGGGGAUUCAUAUUAUUAAUAUUGUUGGUUGUUGUUG